AUGCGAAUCGCGGGGAAAGCGACCAAAGGUAAGGGCAAGCGGUGGUCAAAGGGUGGGUCCAGUAGUUGCAACCCUCACACCAAUCGGCAUCGAGUCGGCGCUCGCAACACAUCCCACACCACAGCCUCUUCGGCCCCGAAGACCACGCAAUGGCAGCGAUCGAUGCCAUUGAGCGAAGAUGUCUUACAUCAACACAAUUUGACUCAUUUCCAGAAACUAGGUUUGGAUAACCUCUCGGCCGGUAAGGCGUCCGACGCCGAGUCGAUUGGCGGCCAAUCGUUUGCCAGCGUUUGGACCAACUGUUCAAACAUUAGCUUCAAUAAGCUGUUGACGGGAUUUAACUCUUCGUCGGCCAUUCAUAAGCAGAUGCUAUCGGUUUUGGCGGCCGUUACCGAAACCAUUACAUCGAAUGGCGGAUCGCAAACGGAAACCGAAUAUUUUGCGGCUUUAAUGACAUGUUUGGAAACCGCGGACAUUGAAGAGACUUUGACAGCAAUUCUCUCAUUGAUUCAAAUGGUUAUCAAACGAUUGCCACAGAAUGUGAUUCGACUGAAGUUUUCCGAAACGUCCAAAGUUUUAGUCGACUAUUUGGCCAAAUAUAUCAAAGGAGACAACUGUUUGAUCAUAGAGUCCAUAACCAACAGUUUGGCGUCACUUCUUCAACAACAAGAAAACGCUGUUUGGGAACUGAGUUCAACCAAACAUAUCUUUGAGAUAAUCCUUUCGCUUACUGUUCAUAAUAAGGGCCGAAUCCGGAAGUGCUCUCAACGAUCGAUCGCGAGAAUCCUUAAGACAAACACAACGGUUAGCUUCUCGAGAAAGACAGUAGAGAUUCUGACACCGGAUCUGAACGCACGGCUAAUAUCAGCGCUCUAUGACUAUCAGCCAAACGUUAACGACAGUCAACCGUUGUGUGCGUGGAUUGAAGCCAUAAAACAGGCUUUUCUUAACUUAUAUCGAAUCGACCAAAAGCUAUGUUUUAAUCAUUUGCCGAAACUUAUGAACGCAUUCAUCGCUUGUCUCCUAACCGACGCAAAAGAAGUUCAUUUGAAUGUUACAAAUAAUUUGAAGCAAAUAUACUCUCAUUGUAUCGAACCGUCGAGUCUUGAGAUCGACAAACAGAUUAUCGAAAGAGUCUAUUCGAGUAUUGAAAAGGCGUUGCAAUACGAAUACUUCAACGCUUAUAUUCCCAUCUUUGCACUUAUAUCUCACUUUUUGAAUGAGAAUUUUGCACAAUAUAUGUCCAAAAUUAUUAUCAAAUUGAUUACAAUUCGCGAGAGUUAUGAUAACGCUUACGCCUCUAAUAUCGACCGCACUAUCGGUCGCGCCAUUCAAGUCUUCAGCCCUAAAUUUAUUAUCAAUUUAUGUCCAUUGGAUCUAAACGAAGAAAACACUGACGUAUCUCACAAUUGGCUCAUUCCAGUGCUCAGAGACAAUGUAAAAGAGACUGAUUUGGCAUUUUUUAUCGACUAUUUUAUUCCAAUGGCAACAGUGUUGCGGAAGACGUGCCAAACACUGGAAUCAAACGGCAAUGUGAUCACAGCGAAGACCUGUUCCAUCCUCUUAUCACAAAUUUGGUCACUUCUGCCGUCGUUUUGCAAUCGACCGAAAGAUUUUGACCAUUCGUUUAAACGAAUUGCCAAAACAUUAGGCGAUAUUAUAUCACACGAUUCGUCGCUUAGGAAAUAUGUUUUGACCGCUUUUAAGAACUUAUCGAAAUGCUUUGACUCGCCUUCUGGACAACCAUUGCGGACAGAAUUGAAACAGAAAAAAGCUUUUCGUAUACUCGAAGAGAUUUGUCGAAGCGAUUCCAUUAUUAACUCUCAUAAAGUGAAAACUGCGGCAAUGGAUUUGAUCGUUGGCAUUGCAAACGCUCAUAAGAUACUGAAUUCUGGAGACGUUAACGAUUUGAUGGAAAUUAUGAUAACGUUAAUGAAAAGCAAAGAAUGUCCUUCUUCUGCGGUCAUCAUAUGUCUGACGCGAUUGUAUUCACAAUUCCGCCAAGAAAUCCAUAAACACGUUGAAUCCGAUUUGAUUGAGAAUAUCAUUACAAUUGUCGACAUAUCUGGAACUGUUGAUCAAACCGCUUCUUUGGAUCAGUUGUCGACAUAUCUGGAACUGUUGAUCAGUAAUCUGUCGAAUAUUAAUCGUAAACAUAAAAAUCACUUUAGGGUUAAGAUUAAGGAAAUGUUCAUUCGAUUGGUUCGCAAAUACGGAUAUUUAAUGAUCUCAAAGAUGAUUCCCGAAGAAUACAGAAAAGUGUUGAAAAAUAUUCGUAAAGUUGAGGAAAGAAAGAAGAGGUUUACUGAAGACAAUGAAAGUGAUAGACAGACAAAUAUAACCACAUCUAAAGCAAGUCGCAAAGAGUUUGAGGACAUAAUCGCCAAUUCGUCUGAUGAGGAGUCGGAAGAAGACGAUCAGAUGACAAGUGUUUCCCGAAAAGAUGUCAAGUCAUGGAUGAAAGACGAGUCGAAUGAAAACGAAAUCAUCGAUUUGUUGAGCUCUAAAAUGAGUCAAAAUAUUUUGCAUAAAAAUCCCGAUUUGAAGCCCAAAGAGAAGAAAGACGCGUUUGAAUUCAGUUCCGACGGAAAGCUUGUGAUUCAAGACUUGGAUAAGAGGGGAACCAAAAGGGGAGCACAAGAGGACGACGAAGAUAUGGACCAAAAUGAUGACAUCGAUGACGAUAUGGUGUCUAACAAACAAAGUGUAAAGACAUCUAAUUCUAGACAAUCUAAUUAUAAAACGGGAGGAAAAGGCAUUCACAGAGCGGUGGACAAAGAGUUUGGAGGCGAAUAUCGGUCUAACAAAGCGAAAGGCGAUAUGAAACGGAAGGGAAAACCCGAUCCCUUCGCUUAUAUACCGCUCAACAGACAAACACUAAAUAAGCGUAAGAAAGCCAAACUCAGCGGACGUUUCAAUAAUCUCGUGACCGCCGCUCGAAAGGGGGCUAAAGUGGGCUCUCAAAGGAAAUCAAAGAAAGGACGCAAACAUUAA